CGACUCUAUAAAGAACAAGGUGCUUGCAAAAGAAACAAGCCAAGCUCUGCCCUCUGUUUCAGACUUUGCUUCUGAUCCACACAUGCACUUUGUUGAGGAAACAGGAAAAUGGACGUAUACAAGCGAGGAUGGGAAUACUUGGGAAUAUAAUGAAGAACAACAGCAAUGGUUCCAAAUGGCAAGACGAAGAAGUUUUGUUGAAGCUCCAACAACUCGCAUAUUCAGUUCCUGGUGUCGACGAAAGCGUAAGAUACUUUACCAUGAUACAGUAAAAAUUUGGUCACUUCAAAUGACAACACGAAACGAAUUUUCUGUGUUUUUGUGUCCGCCACCAAAGGAACCUGCUAAUCCAUUGGUACGAGAAAAACGAAAAAAAGUUUACACUGCCGAUGAUACUGAUCAGAAUGGCAAAAAACAAAAAUCACAAAAGAAAAAACCAGCAAAUACUUCUGUGUACGUCAGCGGGCUACCACCUGACAUUACUGUUGAGGAAUUAGCGGAAGUUUUCUCAAAGUGCGGUGUUUUGCUAGAAGACUUGAACACCGGUGGACCAAAAAUUAAACUUUACAAAGAUGACCAUGAUCGCCUAAAAGGUGACGCUCUCGUGACUUAUCUUAGGGAGGAAUCAGUUGAUCUUGCUUGUCAGCUUUUAGAUGAAACAGAUCUUCGUCCGAAUGAGGCCUCUAAAAUAAGAGUACAAAAGGCGCAAUUUAAGGAGAAGAUGCCAAAACCAGAAGACACCAAUAAUAGCACAUCAGUAAAGCCAGAUAAGAAAAAAGUCCAGAAAAAAUUGCAUCAGCUUGAAAAAAAAUUGGAUUGGUUUGAAAGUGAACCAGGAAAAAAAGCUGAAAGAUAUAGUAAAAUUGUAAUUCUGAAGUAUAUGUUUACAUUGGAAGAAUUGGAGAACGAUGUUAGUUUAAUCUUGGAUUUGAAAGAGGACAUCCGCGAAGAAUGUCAGAAGCUAGGCGAAGUAACUAAUGUGGUAUUAUAUGAU